GGGUAAUCAGUAGUAGAGCACAAUAUGUACUUUAGUAGAUGUUUAUACUUUUAACAUGUACUAAACAACUAAACAACUCAGCUGUAAAGAGACAUGAAUGCUAUCAUUGGACUGCAGUUGAUGCUGAUAGGCAUCUGUGGUGCAGUGGAACCUUCCUGCAAUGGCAGACAAGAUAAAGCUCAAUAUUAUAGAGCUUUAGGAGAAAAUAUGGAACUUUCCCUGGUCAAAAGCAUCUCUCAGAUUUCACGUUUCCAGCUGACAAAGAACAACUCGGUGAUAUUAAGGUGGAGAAAAAACAACACUGUAUUUAGUCUAAAAGAGAGUCGAUUUCUUUUUUUGCCUAGUGAUGGAACAUUUAGGAUUGAUGACCUAAAAACGGGGGACAGUGGUGAAUACAGACUUGAAAUAUUUGAUGCAAGUGGAAAAGAAACAGGAAAUAGAACUCUUCAUCUAUGUGUUCAAGCUCCUGUAUCCUCUGUCCAGCUGGUCCAUCAAUGUUUGUCCCCGGGACAGAUCAAGGUGUCCUGUCUCUCUGAAGGGGACAGUCCUCAGUACAACUGGACUCUGGAUGGAAAAACACUGAAAGACUCUGAACUCCUCUCUGGAAAUUAUCAGACUAGCAUCAUCGUUGUGAGACAGAAUAUCUCAGGGCGUCUCGUCUGCUCAGUUAGGAAUCAAGUUAGUUCCUCCUCGAACUACUUUAAAAUAUCUGACAGUGGCUUUAAAAUCAACUGCACCUCCAAUAGGACACAAACAGAUAUAUUGGUGGAUAAAGUAAACAACACCCAGGAUGUUGAAGUAACAACAGUCUAUCCAACAAUCAAACAUACUACAAUGGGUUGA